AUUCCCCCAGCAAAUGGGCAAGCUGCAGCCGUUCAGGCACUCCCUACAGACUGGCUUAUAUAUGAUGAAAUGACAAGAGCUCACAGGAUAGCAAGUAUUAGAUGCUGUUCUGUUGUAACACCUAUCACUGUGGCACUCUUCUGUGGACCAGCUAGAUUACCAAGUAAUGCUUUGCAGGAACCUUCAUCCUUUCGAGGGGAUGGGAUAUCUAAUGAUAACAGUGAUAGUGAGAUGGAGGACAAAACAACUGCUAAUUUGGCAUUACUGAAGCUAGAUGAAUGGCUCCAUCUCAAACUGGACCCUGAAGCUGCUAGUUUGCUGUUGCAACUCAGACAGAAGUGGCAUAGCUUAUUUCUGCGUCGUAUGCGAGCUCCUUCUAAACCAUGGUCUCAAGUUGAUGAAACAACUGUAAGAGCGAUUAUAGCUGUUUUAAGCACUGAAGAACAAUCUGCAGGUUUGCAGCAGCCUUCAGGAAUUGGUCAGAGACCAAGACCUAUGACUUCUGAAGAACUUCCUUUAACACCUACAUGGAGGUCAACCAACAGCAGAAAAAGCUCAGCAGAAACUGAAUUCUCUGAUGACUGCUCCAAUGCUGAAAAAGUUUUAAUGAAAUCUAUGCCUCCUGCACUUCACCAGCCAAAGAAAUACAAAGAAAAAAACAUUUUGCACUCCAAACGAACUUCAGAUGACAGGUCAGAUCAAUCAUCAGUGAAGUCUACAGACAGCAGUAACUAUCCUAGCCCCUGUGCUAGUCCUUCUUCUCCAACAUCUGGAAAGGGUUCCAAAUCUCCUUCACCAAGACCAAAUAUGCCAGUUCGAUACUUUAUACUGAAAAGUAGCAACUUGCAAAACAUUGAUAUUUCUCAACAGAAGGGUAUAUGGUCUACUACGCCAAGUAAUGAACGAAAGCUAAAUAGAGCCUUUUGGGAGAGCAGCAUGGUUUACUUAAUAUUUUCUGUUCAAGGGUCUGGACACUUUCAG